UGCUUGAGAGUUGAGAGUUGAGACUUGGACACUUCGCACUUGAGUGGCUGUGGUAAUUUGGCAAGCAAGAAAGAAUCUUAUAGUUAGACGAAGAAGGUGUGGACGGUGUGUGGAGUUUGGCAAAUGAUUUGAUUGGCGGGGAAACUCAUUCAUUGAUUGGCAAAUGUGAAGAAGUUGAGAUGAUUCGAAUGGAUAUUUUGGUUGUAAAGCGCAGCAACGGGAUAUUCCUCUCUUACUACAACUUCUCCUCAAAUUCCUUCAACAUCUCUGUCUCCUCUAAAUCAUUCAAGACUUAUUGCUCCACCAACAAUUCCCAGCAACCCCAACGAAACGGUGAUGAUGAUGAUAGUGCCAAAGAUAAUAAAAGUGGUGGCAAAUUCUCUACUGAUUGGGAUAAAGCAUGGUCAAGCUUCAAGAGGCAAGGGAAGAAGAGCCUUUUAUCUCAGUUUUCUCCAAACAAGUACGUGACCUGGAAUCCAAGGCGUUCAAACUACCCUCUGUCAGAAGAGGUUGAUCCAAUCAAGAGAACAGAGAGAUCGAACCUCAUGUUGUGGACGAGCCCCAGGUUUACCCUUGGCGUGGCCAUUGUAAUAGUCUCAUUGUUGUUGCUUUACACCAUUCUUGCUCCAAUGAAAUGAGUAAAAAUUAGGUUCCAGCCCUCCACAUAUAAAACUGCUAGAGUUCAGAAUUCUAUGUGAAUUCUUUUUUCAUUCCCUUGGUUCAAUGUAUAUAGUUUACCAAUAUAUGCUGAGUUCUGAAAUAUCACACUCAAGGUUGUUCCUUCUAAGAAUAUUGGAUUUAACCAUUUAGUUGUGUAGGGCCUGUAGGCAUAAAAUUCUUGAUAUGCCUUGUCAGCAAAAGUUGCAUAUGAAGUCAACUAAUGACUUUUUAAGUGAUAAACAAAUUUAGUCAAUUUGGACUCUUAA